UGACGGCACUCGGCAAUCGUAAUUCGUAAACGUAAACGUAUUUAUCACAGUUAUUUAGGACCAAAAUCUUGCUGAAUAUCUUUCAACAAAAGACUGCUUCUAUAAAUUACACGCUAUUAUUAUUACUAUAUUGAAAGUAACCAUUUUUAACACAUUAUCCCUUGUUUUUGUUACAACAGUUUGUUAUGUAGUUAAGUGUUAUUACAAGUAAUUAUUUACUUGUAGUCGAGCAUAAAAUACAUGUUCUAUGAGUAAAAGAAGAUUAUCUCAGGAAAUGGUUGCUAAAAAUAAAAAUAAAGUUUUAGCAUGUUCAACUCCCGAACAUCGAUUGGAAUCACCGUCGAGGGACAGUGAUUCAAUAUGUGAUUCAGAUGCUGGAAGUCCUGUGCCAUUUUUAUGCACUCAAGAUGGAGCGGAGGGAGAAACUGAUGUUGUAUGGAAUUUUUACACACCUAAAGCUGAACAUGCUACACAUAGAUCUAAAAACACAACACCUGUGAGUCGUAAAAGUAGAAAAGCUUUAAGGCCAAAACUAAUUGAAAAACCAUUACCUAAAAGAAAACCUGUGAGACAAUCACAAAAAAGAACUGAACUAUUUCAAGAUUUGAUAGAAUUGAAUCAAAACUUGCAUGAGUUAAUUAAGCAAAAAGCAAAAUCAAAUAAUAGUGUAAAUAAGCCACCAUCAGGUAGCGAAGAUGACAUAUUUAGUGAUAACAGUGAAAGCUCACCAAAAAGUGUAUUGCGAACAAGUAGUCGUUGCCUUAGAAAGAAUGUGUUGAGUUCAAAAUUUAAAAAGCAAGAACCGGAACCUGGCUUAGAAUCUGAUGACUCCAUGAAUGAAUGUCUUUUGAGAGCAAGUCAAAUUGUUGAGGAAAAUAUAAUAAACUAUGAUCAUUCAGCACCAAAAAGGCCAUGCCUUGAAGCUCUUACUACAAAAAAUAGAAGUAACUUUAAACCCAGUGCAAAAAUUAGCAUGGAUCAAGAUUCUAUGGACACAAUCCUUAGUAAUAUUAAAUUGGAAUCUCCAGUUAUUAACAACAAAACUAAAAAAUAUGACUCGCCUCGGUUAAAUAAUGACUCAUUUGAUAACUUGCUGGGCAAUUUGAAUGAUAGUGCAUUGGAGAGGCUUUCUCAAAUGCCUGUUAAAGAUACAAAUAAAAAUGUAACAAGUACUAAAGAUUCAAGUUGGGUACUAGAAGAUUUAACUAUACAUGGAGAGAGUCCAACAUCACGAUCGUUGUUUGGCAGGCAUAACUCCAUGCCGGAGUCUCCAUCAAUGAUAGAAUUGAAUAAACCGUCUACUAGCGGAAUGGCAUUUGGAAGAUACAACUCAAUGCCGUUUAAUAAAAGUGACGAGAAGAUGACAGUUCCAGGUGAUUCCCCAAUUAGAUGUACCCAAGAUGAAAUUAAAAAGAAACAUCAGCAAGCUCGAGAAAGACUAAUGGCUAAAAGGCUUCUUCCAUUUACUACAUCACAACAUCCAAUACAAGGGUCAUCACAAAAUCAACCAAUACAGAAGAAGACUGUUUUUCAACCUAAAGUUCCUAGUAUAACAAAAGGAUUAUCAGAUGUUAAAAAUAAUAAUAGUGUAGCAAAAGCUAAUAAUAACACAGAGCAAAAUAAAAUUGAUUCAUCUAAUGUUAAACUAUUGAUAGAGAAGAAACGACAGGAAGCAUUAAUGAAGUUAAGACGAAGACAACCACAAACAAAGCUGCCUUAAUAUUAUACUCCUACAAUUUAAAUGUUUUUAAUUUUUUAACUGAACUAAUCUAUGUGAUAAUGGAGUAUUUUAUUUACAUAAAUAAGUGUAUUGAUCCAAUUACAAAUUACGUUGUUUUAUAAAUUAUGUUACAUGUAUGAUUAUAAUAGAAAGAUUUGUGAUUUUAA